AUGCGUGUAUACUCGUCGGUCCUACAUGUGCUUUUUCGCCGCCAAAAAAAGGAAUGGUGUAAACUGGCAUGGGCAAUAGCAACAGCGGCUCGUAAUGAAAUGAAGAUUUUGUCGAUCGCACCACCCCGUGGAGACGCAGCAUAUGCACAGAAUAGGAUGAAGGUGAACCAGGCCGCUGAACUUGGAAGUCGGUUGCGCUCAUGUCGCGAAAUAUUGUCAGCCUGA